ACAGAUUUGACGCAUACUGAUUCAUGGGUGGGACGGCAGGUCAGUCAAUCCUAUGGUCCCUUUCCAUGCAAUCGGACCAUUCAUACUACUGGGUUGGCAGGAGGAUUGAAUCAAUGCCUGCAUUGGCCAACACGAUCCACACUUCUCUUUCACGUUCCUCCCCCUGUCCUCCCUCUGUCGACGGCCAAGCAAAAUGCCUUUCUUGCGCGACCAAACCAACCAAGCAGACAGACAGCCGACGAGUGACUGAGAAACGAGGCAGGCAGGGCAGAACAGCAACGAGAAAUGCGUCCACACGACUACAACACGACUACAAACCUAUAUAUGUAUGUACAUGUACGCCAGCAAGCGCGAAAUGACCCCCGUGGGUUCUUGAGUAUCGCUUCAGAGUGUGAGUGUGUGCUCGAUGAGUUUGUCGUCGAUGGGGGUGGUCUGGAAGCCGAGCAUCUUGGUGAUCCCUGUGAACGUCGUGUUGUCCUUGCUGACUGUGGCGGUCAGCUGCAAUACGCACGCACGACAAACACAUGGACGAAUAUGACGCACAAGAGAGGGGGGAUUGGUGGUCGUCUGCUGAAGCUCACCGUUUUGAUGCCUUCUGUCUUGGCGAUCUCCACGAGCUUGGUCAUCAUUGCCGUGCCAAGGCCCUUGCCCUGCCAAUGGACAAACACACAAACACACAAAUGCCCAAUUGGUGUAUGUGCCCCGAGGUGGCAGGCAGGUGUCGCACCUGUGCAGCGUCGCGAAUGAGCAUGCGGUACUCGGCAGUGGUGUCGCGCAGACUCCGCUUGCGGUAAGCACAGAACCCCACCAUCCUGACACACACAACACAAGGGGGGAUGUACAUCCUUGUGGAUUCUUGACCCCUUGGCUCCGUUUUCCCUACCGCCCCUUGUCGUCGGUGGCGAUGAGGACGAUGCCCCUGUCGUAGAGCGAAAUGCCAGAGGAGGACAGAAUGAGAUGACGCCGAUCAGGUGAGUGAACCUGCGGUUACCGAUCGUAGUCGGUGUUGCACAGCUGGGACAGGCGGCUGUGGGCCGUCCGCUCAGCAAACGACACGUCCUUGAAAAACCGCUGGCGAAGGCUGUGCAACCAGAAACAAGGGAACGUGUUUCGGCAUCAGUCUCUCUGCGCCUGCGUGUGUGUACCUCACCUUCGCUCAGAGAUAUCGGUGUGGAACUCGAUUAACAGAGGCUCAUCCUGACAAACAAAGCGCAAUGUGCUCAUUAUCUCUUCUCUUUCCCUAUCUCUCUGGGGUUACCGAUGCACGGAUGGGUCUCACAGUGACAACCUCGUUGUUGCGUAGCGUCACUUUGGACACGUACUCCAAUGGGUAGCCGCGGAUGGCCACCUUGGGCACCUUUUGGCCAGGCUUGGCCACUAUGACGCGUGCAUCGAGGGCCAGCAGCUGGGACGGCGAGGCCAGCAGCGGGUUGAUGUCGCACUCCAUGAUCAGUGGCUGGUCAACCACCAUGGCAGAAAACGACACAAGUAUCUUCUCGAGCUCGGCGAUGUUGAUGGGCAGACGGCCGCGGAUCUGCACGCACACAAACAGUCCGGUCCAAGGGAAGAAGUCACGUGUAUAUGUUUCGGUCUGCUGACCCCCUGAAGCGCUUUGUAUAUCUUGGUUUCUUUCAUGAGAGCGCGGGCAGUGACGCUCGUGAGGGGUGGCAGGGCCAACGAGGUGUCAUGCAUCACCUCCACCAAUGUACCGCCAGAGCCAAACACCUGCAUGCCCCAACAAUCGCAUACAGACGCGUGGCUCGGCAUUUCAUGUGAGUUGUGGGUUCACUUACAACAACAGGGCCGAACUGUGGGUCGACACUGGAUCCGACCAGCAGCUCGUAGCCACUCAAAUCAGCCAUUUGUUGCACCGUCACGCCCUGUUCAUUUACGCACAACAACACACACUACGUGUGAGAUUUAUGUACAGGCCUCAGGCUUGACCUGGAAGUCCUCUGGUGAGUAUUUGGCGGCGACGUUCUUUUGGAUAAGGUCGAACGCCUCCCGCACCAUGUCCUCAGAGCUGAGAUUCAGCUGCACGCCCCCCACGUCGGUCUUGUGCGUGAUGGUCUCAGAGUUGAGCUUCACAACCACAGGAUAACCCAGCUGCGCCACAUGACAGUCACAGAGAAAGAUGUGGGAAACAACUGUGCGCAUGGGUGUGAGUGCUCCUUGGGUGCCUGUACGUCUCGUGCAGCCGUGACAGCGUCUUCAACGGUCUCGCAGAGGAUGGUCUCGACCACGGGGAUACCGUAGGCUUUCAGAACCUUCAAACAUGCCACGGCAAACACAGAAUGACGGCAGUCUUCCUCUACCUGGCUUCCUUACACGUACUUGUUUCGACUCCAGUUCCGUGAGGAUGCUUCGAUCACUGUUGCUAACGUCCUGCAGGAGCCCCUUGACAGCUCGCUGCUUCUCGAGCAGCUCGGGCGUCACUUCAAUGCGAGCCUGUCGAUACAUCCACACGACACGCACGCACGUGUGUAAGUAAGUAUGAAUUGUUGAUGCCGUCAGUCGGUGCGUGGCCGUACCGUGGGAGUCUCGUACAACUUAAGUUCAGACAAUCAGCAAACGCAUGCCUAUGCAGUCGUCCAUUCAUUUAUUCUGUCUGUCUUAUGGCGUGCUUGCCUUCUCGAGGCGAGAUCUCAGGCUCCAGAUCUUGGCAAACACCGCAGCGGCACUGAUGAAACGGACAAACUCAGUCAUGAUCCUUCGCCUCACCCAUUUGGUAGAUCACCUGUCCGGGUACGGAAUUGAAGGCACUCCGUUCUGUUCAUUUCAGCCCGCGUACAUGCGUAAAUAAAAUAGACACGGAUUUGAAUAUGCCUGGAUAUGUCGGAGGAAAUGACCUUAUUGAGGAGCUGGGCACCGCGCUCAACCUCAGAACCUACACGUACAUACACCAAGGUACAACACCUACUUGCAUACACUUACAGAGGUGAAACAUAAAGAGUCGCGUACCUCCCAUCCAGCUCGCGAUCACAGGCACACGAGAUUUGUGGGCGGAUGGCAGCACCAUCUCGGCUGUGUCUGCGGACACACGAGGUGACGGAAGUGCAAUGCUGGUACCAUGGCAAAGCGAGAAGUGUACGCAUGCAAAAUGCCUCUCACUUGUAGGCUCCGUCAUGUCCUAAGCGCAGAGGCGGCAACACCCGAUUCACACACAAAGUAUCGUCCGUCUUCGCGUGCAGUUACCUGCGGUGAGAGUACGACCAGCAUUCCGUCACUGUUGGGGUCCUCGGCCACAACCUCCACUGCCUUGGCAUACGUCUCAGGCGACGCAUCACCCAACACGUCAACAGGAUUGGAGUGGCUCCAAGCUGGAGGAAGAAACUGGUUCAGUCUGCACACAAAUACAUAUACACACGUGUACAUGGCUUCUGGUGUACGCGGCACGUGUUGGCUCACUUGUUGAUGGUCGACUCAUCGAGUGUGGCAAUCUCAGCGUCGUUGAGAGCAGCAGCAUCCGUCGCCAGCACGCCAGGACCACCGGCAUUCGUGAUGAUCACCAAACGGGGACCUGCAUACCAGGACGCGCAUACACUCUGCGACACGUCACCCGCGUAUUGGUAGGCCCCGUCUUACCCUUUGGCAGGUUUUGUUUUGCGAGUGUGAGUGCGACAUCGAACAGCUCUCCGAUGGUGUCAACUCGCAAAACGCCUGCAGAAGGGACGGGCAGCCCAUUGUGUUCCACUUGCUCAUGCGUGUAUGCGUGUUCCACAUCAGACCUGCGCGCUUCAUGGCGGCAUCGAAGAUGUUAUCAGCGCCCGCAAGCGAACCCGUGUGGGACGAGGCAGCCUUGGCAGCAGCCUGCACGCAGAAGUGCGGUGUGUACUUGAUGGGUGUGGUGUGCAUUGUGGGUGGCUGACUGCUUGCCUCGGUCCGGCCAGCCUUGAUGACAAUCAAAGGCUUCUUCAGCGCGACCUCCUUGGCAGCGGACAGAAAGGCACGCGCGUCGCCUGUUUGACCAAGGCACAGCAAGAAAGCACGAGGCCGCAAUAUAGAAGAACAUGUAAACCUCAUUGCUGUCUUCAGUUCGUACCGAUUGCUUCCAUAUACAUCAAUAUGGAAUCAGUGUGAGGAUCCUUGCCUUAAGAUCAGAUCGGACGGAUCAGACACCUUUCUGCCAUGUGCAUGUCCUGGGAUUUGCUGCCUGCAUUACCGAGGUAGUCGAUGAGGUCUGCCCAGUUGACAUCAGCCAUGGAGCCUAUCGAGACGAACGCCGAGAAUCCGAUCUUCUCCUUGAGUGACCAGUCCAGCACCGAAGUGCACAUCGCGCCCGACUGAGAGAUGAAACCGAUCUUCCCGGGCAGGGCCAUCUCUGACGGCAACAGGUGAGUCAGCAUCAUAGCUACGCACUAGACGUCAGCGCCCACUCACCUGACGCAAAUGUCGCGUUCAGACCAACGAUCGGAUUCAUGAGCCCCUGCAAACGCACAAGAAUAGCCACACGCGUUGGCAUAUAGUGGUCUUGUCCGCACCAGGCAGUUGGGCCCGACGAUGCGGAUGCCGCCCUUCGCCGCCGUCUCUAACAGCUGCACGCAUGUGGCAGACGCACACAGGAAAACUCAUGUCAAACGCAUGGAGGGAAAGCAAGUGACUUUUUGAGUUUCUGUGUUACUUGUUCUUCCAACUUGACGCCCUCUGGACCUAUCUCCUUGAACCCUGCAGAGAUGACUACCGCACCUCGAACGUUCUUCUCGACACACUCUGCCAUCAGGGCCGGGAUGCCCUUUGAAGAAUACCCAGAGCACCACAUCUCAGCAAUGAAGGAACGAGUAGUGAACCUACCUUAGACGGCGUGACGAUCACAACCAGGUCGACGUCACCAGGAAUCGCCUGUCACAUGCACGAAGCAUGCACUCGCUCCUACGGCGUACGUCUACGACACUGCCUUUUCACCUACCUUGACGGAAGGGAAGCAUUGCACUCCCAUGACCUCUUCACGCUUGGGAUUCACUGCAUAUAUGGGCCCGCUGAACCCGCCCGUGACGAGGUUGCGCAUCAGUGUGCCGCCCACACCUGCGAUCAGAAGACACCCACGUGCAAACAACCGUCACCUGAUCACCCAUGUGCCCCGACACCCUCACUUCUCGGCUUGUCUGUGGCCCCAAUCACUGAAGAGGGGAGGAGAAAAGAAAACAGAAAACACUCCAUAUGCGCCACAGAGGAAUGCCUUUUACAUUUUCAUUCGUACCAGCGACAGAGCGCGGCGUGAAGAUGGGACUGAGCCCGCUGUCUUGCACCGUCAUGAUGGCCUCGACAGGAUCUGGGGGCGCCGUGGCAAAGUCGACCUCCUUCCAUGUUGAAGAACUGACACUCGAAGAGAACCGGACGGGCAGCUUACUGAGGAAGCUGUAGGCGAGAACAGAUGUGGGAUGGCUGAUGAUGCUGGCUCCCAGGCCCGUCUGUGGGAGAAGGCUGCUGCCCUGCCGCCGGGCACCAGCAGCCGCCACACGCAAAGUGCUCGCGAAGCGAGGAAACAUCUCGAACCUCGUGAGGUGGUGGCGACGGUCGUGCAGGGGGCCACACGACGAGAGGGCGCGCGAAAACGGCCCGGGGGAGAGAAGGGAGAAACUACUACUAG